AUGAGUAACAAAAAAGGUCAAUCCCCCAAAGAAGAGAGCAUUGCUAAAAUGCUUAUAUGUAAAGUCCAUAUAGGUACUAAGAAUUUAGAGAACAAAAUGAAAAGAUACGUUUAUACAAGGGCAAAGGAUGGAGUACAUAUUAUAAAUUUAGCAAAGACUUAUGAGAAAUUACAGCUAGCUGCAAGAAUUAUUGUUGCUAUAAGUAAUCCAGCAGAUGUAGUAGUAGUAUCAGCAAGACCCUUUGGAAGUAGAGCUGUUUUAAAGUUUGCUCAAUAUACAGGAGCUCAAGCCAUAGCAGGUAGAUGGACACCUGGUAUGCUAACAAAUCAAAUUAUUCAAAAAUUUACAGAACCAAGAUUAUUAAUUGUAACAGAUCCAAGAACAGAUGCACAAUCAGUUAAAGAAUCUGCAUAUGCUAAUAUUCCAGUUAUUGCAUUAUGUGAUUCUGAUUCCCCAUUAGAACACGUAGAUAUUGCUAUUCCAUGUAAUAAUAAAGGUAAAGAAUCUAUUGCACUUAUGUAUUGGUUAUUAGCUCAAGAAGUAUUAUAUUUAAAAGGAGUUAUUCCAAGAUCUGAACCUUGGAAUGUUAUGGUCGAUAUGUUUUUAUGGAGAGAUCCAGAGCAAUUCGAAUUAAAAAAUCUAGCCAAUGAAGAUAAUACACCUACUGCUCCACACCUAGUUGAAAACCAAUAUGCUGCUGAAGCUCCUUAUGAUGAAUGGAACAAAAAAGAAGAAUGGAAUGAUAAUACAAAUGAAGACUGGAAAAAUCCAAUAGCCGCUGAAGAGUGGUAA